GUGCAUUCAGUGACCAGCGGUACUACAUCUGCUAUUUACUCUUGCUAUUCUUGCUUUGCUCUCCACAUCCUUCGGCUACUCAGAGGUUCAUAAGCACCUUGUAUUUAACUCUUCUAGACCAUUACUUUGCAAACAGUCUUCUUAGUAUAUCCUAUUUACAAACAUGGCGACCAAGCAUGCUGUAUUUGCCCUCACUCUAGCGGUGAUUGCUACUUGUGAAGUCUACGGGAACGAGCCUGGGUUCGUUGAAGUCGGAUAUGCACCACAGGUGCUCGUCGCAUCUCAGCAGUAUGAAGCCAACCGGCCGUACCAUGUCGCUGCUAAUGCCGGGCUGCGUGCUGGCGAGGCGAGCAGCGCAAGCGAGCUGGGUGCCCUUGCGAGCCAUGAGCAUUCGGCAAGCGAGUCGUCCAAGAGCAGCAAGAAUGCGGCAAAUACCAACACAAACGCCAUUGCUGGUCUUGCUUACGCUGUCGCUGCUGCCUCCAUUGCUUGUGCGUGGGCAGCAUAUUAGCCCCCUCCCAACCAAUCAAGAUUUGGUAUUCACAAAUAAACAUUGGGAAGUG